AUGUCGAAUCCAGCAAGAGAGGGCUACCAGGAGUUCGAGAACGAUAUUCGGCGCCCAGUUGUGGAAAACACACCUGUGUUCCAAGACCGCGCUACUUCACAGAAUGCCCUCACUUCAGGCCAGGCUUUCAUUCAUAUGAUUAAGGCUAUGCUUGGCACUGGUCUUCUGUCGCUGCCGUUAGCAUUCAAGCACUCAGGACUGUUUUUGGGACUUAUUCUAACCGUAGUCAUCUGUAUGAUCUGUCUCUACUGCAUGCGACAAGUUGUGUUUGCUGCACAUUUCGUUUGUAUGCUUAGAAACGGUCGAGACUGGAUCGAUUAUGCCAAUAUAAUGCGCGGGGCUGUGGAAAUGGGCCCUUCAUGGAUUCGUCAUAAAGGAUAUUUCUUCAAGCAGUUAGUGAACGUGAACAUGUUCGCUUCGCAGCUUGGUUUCUGCUGUGUGUAUUUCGUAUUUAUGGCCGACAAUUUGGAAGAUUUCUUCAAUAACAACACGUCAAUCAAGCUUUCGAAGGCUGUAUGGAUGCUUCUCAUUCUGGUCCCAAUGUUAUUUGUAUGUUCAAUCAGAAGGCUUUCUAUUUUGGCACCAUUUGCCAUGAUUGCAAAUGCUACCUAUAUAGUCGCUGUUGCAAUAGUUCUGUUCUUUUUUGUUAGUGAUCUUCGGCCUGUCAGUUCACUACCGUGGUUUGGGCGUCUUUCUGACCUGCCGUUAUUUUUUGGAACGGUUAUGUUUGCAUUUGAAGGUGUCGCUGUGAUCAUGCCGAUUGAGAAUCGAAUGCGUGAUCCUCAUGCGUUCAUUGCUUGGAACGGAGUGCUGAAUUCGAGCUGUAUUGUUGUGCUGACGAUUUUCUCAGUUACCGGAUUUUACGGGUACUUGUCGUUAGGUGACGAUGUUAAGGAUACUGCGACACUCAAUCUUCCGAUGACACCCUUUUACCAAGUGAUUAAACUGAUGUUUGUCGCUUGUAUUAUGGUGUCCUAUCCAUUGCAAUUCUAUGUUCCAAUGGAACGUGUCGAGAAAUGGAUUACGCGCAAGAUUCCUGUUUCCAGACAAACUUUUUACAUAUAUGGAACACGAUAUCUUGGAGUUCUCUUCACUUGCGCCAUAGCUGAACUUGUCCCACAUCUUGCCCUCUUUAUUUCGUUGAUGGGUGCAUUUUCGGGCGCAUCAAUGGCACUACUGUUCCCACCGUGCAUCGAGCUGUUGACCUGCUAUGCAAAACAAGAACUGACGUCAAGUGUUUGGGUAAAAAACGUAUUUCUUCUUUGUUUUGCCAUGCUUGGGUUCACUACUGGCACAUUUGCGGCUUUAUCAGAGAUUUUCAAAAAAAUGGCCUAA